AUGAGCGACCUAGAUCUUCUGCUGCCCGGGGAGGCUGAUGUGUUGGUGCAAGGACUGCGCAGCUUUCCGCUGCGGGAGAUGGGCUCCGGAGGGUGGAACCAGCAGCAUGAAAACCUGGAGAAGCUGAACAUGCAAGCCAUUCUGGAUGCCACCGCCAGCCAGGGUGAGCCCAUCCAGGAGCUGCUGGUCACCCAUGGGAAGAUCCCAAUCCUGAUAGAGGACCUGAUUACAGUGGAGAUGUGGAAGCAGAAGGUAUUUCCAGUGCUGUGCAAACUAGAGGACUUCAAGCCUCAGAACACCUUCCCCAUAUACAUGGUGGUUCAUCACGAGGCCUCCAUCAUCAACCUCCUAGAGACUGUUUUCUUCCAUAAGGAGGUGUGUGACUCAGCAGAAGACUCUGUCUUGGACCUACUGGACUACUGCCACCGCAAACUGACUCUCUUGGUGGCCCGGAGUAGCCACGGUAGCUCCCCGGAGGAGAAGGAGGAGGAGUCCCAGUACAGCAACCCCAUGAAGGAGCUGCAGCAGCAGGCAGAGCAAAUGGAGUUUGAAAUUGCACUAAAGGCCCUCUCAGUGCUGCGCUACAUUACAGACUGCGUGGACAGCCUGUCUCUGAGCACCCUGAGCCGCAUGCUCAGCACCCACAACCUGCCUUGCCUCCUGGUGGAGCUGCUGGAGCACAGUCCCUGGAGCCGACAGGGGGAAGGAGGCACACUGCAGCAGUUUGAGGAGGGCCGCUGGAAGACAGUGCCCCCCUCAGAGCAGCAAAAGCUGAGCAAGUUGGACGGACAGGUGUGGAUCGCCCUUUACAACCUGUUGCUGAGCCCCGAGGCCCGGGCCCGCUACCACCUCACCAGCUUUGCCAAGGGACAGUUACUCAAGCUUCGGGCCUUCCUCACAGACACACUGGUUGACCAGCUUCCCAACCUGACAGACCUGCAGGCUUUCCUGGCCCACCUGGCCCUGACUGAAGCCCAGCCCCCCAAAAAGGACCUGGUGUUGGAGCAGAUCCCAGAAAUCUGGGAGAGGCUGGAGCGAGAGAACAAAGGCAAGUGGCGAGCUAUUGCCAAACAUCAGCUGCGAACUGUAUUCAGCCCCUCAGAGCAGGAAUUGCGGCUGCAGGCGCGAAGGUGGGCUGAGACCUACAGACUGGAUGUGCUGCAGGCAGUGGCUCCGGAGAGGCCCCAUUGCGCCUGCUGCGGGGCAGAGGCCUCCAAGCGCUGUUCCAGGUGCCAGAAUGAGUGGUACUGCCGCAGGGAGUGCCAAGUCAAAGACUGGGAGAAACAUGGCAAGGUCUGUGCACCGGCCACGAAGAGUGACAAAGCAAAGUGA